GGCUGCGGGUAUUUGGCAUAUGGCCCGAUCCAUAUAUCCCUCUGAGUGAUUUUCGUUGGCCAAAUUUAAGACUCAUUAUCAUUGUAUGUAUUAUAAGUCUGUACAUAUCAGUACCGCAAAUAAUGAAUGUGAUCCGUGCUCGGGGUAACGUGACUCGGAUGACAGAAUAUUUUAUCUCCGCGAAUUCCAGCAUGCUGGCAGUGUUCAAAUUGUUGGUUACCUGGUAUCACAGCAAGACACUGCGGUCUCUGAUAGCAUCAAUAGUGACCGAUUGGAUAACUUCGACGAGCAACUGGGAACGGAACACCAUGAUGAAAAUCGCGAAACGUGGCAGAAAUCUAUCUUUUACUUGUUGGAUGUCCGCGGCAAGCAUGUCAAUAUUUUUUAUUACUUUUUAUUCUAUGCAUUUCUUUAAAACUAUACACCAGCCUCAACGACACCUCAUCUAUCGAUUAGAAAAUAUUCAAAAGAGUCCGGCCUACGAAAUCAGCUUUGUCUUUCAAUUAAUCGGCGCAAUAUCCUCAGUUAUGGCUAAUUACACCGUUGACAACUUUGUCUCAAUACUCGUGCUGCAUGUGUGCGCGCAACUAAUUAAUCUACGAACGACACUUAACAAUCUGAUCAACGAAUUAGCUAACAAAUCUAUAUCUUCCUCGAUAUUUAAGGAAGAUACAAAUAAUAAAUCGUUAACAUAUAACACGUAA